AUGCUAUCCAGCCUCAGGACUGGAAUCAAGGGCUUGUGGCGUGUGCCUGCUAGAAGUCUUCAAACUAGUUCGGUUCUUCAACAUGAUAGUCUUUUCGUACACCGUGAUACUCCUGAGGACAAUGUUAAUACUCCCUUCGAAUUUUCAGAAGCCAACAAAAAGAGGAUUGAUGCUCUUCUAGCCAUAUACCCAGAGGGCCACAAGCGUGGGGCUAUGAUUCCUAUACUGGACCUGGCUCAGCGUCAGAAUGGAGGUUGGCUGCCUCUCUCCGCCAUGCACAAAGUUGCUGAAAUCCUUAAUCUACCUCGCAUGAGAGUAUAUGAAGUUGCUACAUUUUAUACUAUGUUUAUUAGACGACCAGUCGGUAAAUAUCACCUCCAGGUGUGCACCACGACACCUUGCUGGCUGCGUGGGUCCGAUGCUAUCUUAAAAGCUAUUGUUGAAGAUACUAAAUGUGAAGUUGGUGGCAACAGCCCCUGUGGCAAGUUUUCUGUUUCUGAAGUUGAAUGUCUAGGUGCUUGCGUCAAUGCUCCUAUGCUGCAAGUCAAUGAUGAUUAUUAUGAGGAUCUAACUGUAGAAGAUACCAAAGAAAUAAUCGCCAAGUUUAAGAAAGACGAAAAACCAGUACCUGGACCAAGGAGCGGAAGGUACGCAUCAGAACCACUUGGCGGGCUCACAUCUUUAACCGAACCUCCAACUGGCCCUGGAUUCGGAGUACAGGACUGCUUCAAGGCGUAG